AUGAACUAUUCGCUCUUGUCCAUUUUCGUCUUGUUGUUAGGUGCGCUUGUGAUGAUGUUGGUGAGCCAACAACAGCACCACCACUCCACUCAAGUCGGUGCGUUCACGAGCAAGAUGAGAUCCAUCAUUCAAAAAUCCUCUUCUUUUAAACCCUCCGUAACUUCUCAAAAAACUUGUGAUAUCAUUACUUCCGAGAUGAACCAGAUGGAUUUGAAAUUUUGUGAGAAUAGAGUCCAAUAUCCAACCACGAUACCUGAUUUCAAUAGAACUCACGAAAGUGCAGAUGUUGCCUUGAAGAAAGCAGAUUAUGUUGCUGCUCUGUAUUAUAAUUUGAUGAAUUGGGACAAUGCUCGUGGAAAUGUACCUUCUGAGCAAUGUAAAGAAUUGGUUCAUGAUUUGCUUUGUCAUGCCGUUUUUCCAUUGUGUAAAGAUAAGGGAGGUUAUGUGAGAAAUUUCUAUCCAUGCCAAGACAAGUGUACCAAGGCGAUGAGUGUGUGUAAUACGACUGCAACAGAACCUCUCGGAGAAGAUAUUGUUAUGUUUUGCACUCAUAUUAAGCUGUGCAAUGAUUAUUAA